AUGGCGCCCAAAAAGAAGUCAAAUAAACAGGCCGACGACUGGGAAGCGGAGCUAGGCGAAUCCAUUGCUCCAGCAAGCCAGCAAGAGAAAGAGCCUGAAGCUGAAGCUGCAGGCCAAGAAGAAGAUGAUGCAAUGGGCGGGGGGCUGCUUGCAGCUCUGAGGAAGAAUAAGAAUAAAAAGGCAAAGAAAGGGAAGCCCACAAACAAUGAUUUUGUGGAGGGAGAAGACCUUGCAGCCGACUUAUCGAGCAAGCAGCCGGAGGAGGGCACCUUUGACGAGGAUGAUGUCUUUGCUGGGAAGCCCAAGCCGGCAAAGGGUGCUGGAAAGAAAGAGCCAGUGAAGCCUGCCGCGGACGCUGAGGAGGGCGGGAAACUGAAGUCGAAGAAGGAAAAGGAAAGGGAAAAGAAGGAGAGAGAGAAGCAGAGGAAAAAGGAACAGGCCGCAAAGAAGAAAACAACCGGAACUACACCCGCUGCAGAGCCUGCUCCCAAAGCUGAGGCUGCUAAAGCUGCUCCCGCCGCAGCUAAGCCUGCGCCCGCACCUGCUGCUGAACCUGCUGGGAAGAAGAAGAAGCUCCCGGCCCAUUUGGCCGCAAUCCAGAGACAACAGGAGGCACUGCGCAAGCAACAAGAGGAAGAAGAACGACGCCAGGAGCUGGAGAAAACGUUGGCCGAAGAGGAACGCAAAAAGCUAGAAGAGGAGGAGCGGAGGAAAGAAGAACUCCGUCAGAAAAGGAAAGAAAAGGAGAGAGAGAAGAAGGAGCAGCUUAGACGAGAAGGUAAACUCUUGACAAAGGCCCAAAAGGAUGCAAAGGAACACAAUGAGCUACGAAUGAAACAGCUGCUAGAGGCUGGGGGCGCUAUUGUUGCUGGGUUGGAAGAGAAGCCCGCAGAAAAGAAGAAGCCGGUAUAUGACAGCAAAAAGAAGCGCGCCGGUAAGAAGCAAGAGGAAGAUUUGGAGGCUGCAGCAGCUAGGGCCAAGGCACAACAUGAAGCUGAAGAAGCAGAACGAAAGCGACUGGAGGAGGAGAAGGCUAAGGCCGCAGCGGCUGAGGCAGCACAAAAGGUAGAAGAGAGCGACGAUGAAAUAAAGGACUCCUGGGAUGUGUCAUCCGACGAGGAGGACGAAGGGAAAGCUGAGGAGCCCUCAACGACAGAAAAGGAAUCAGAGGCCGCCGCUAAGGAAUCCGAAUCCGAAUCUGAAUCCGAAGAAGAUUCCGAAGACGAGGAUAUAUCUUCUACCCAGAAGGCUAUUGCACAGAGGAAAGCCGAAGCCGCAGAGCGAAGACGAAAACAACACGAGGAGGCACUGGCUGCACAAUCCAAGGACGACCUCCGUUCCCCUAUUUGCUGUAUUCUUGGACACGUCGAUACUGGAAAGACCAAACUUUUGGACAAGAUCAGACAAACGAACGUACAGGAAGGAGAAGCUGGAGGUAUUACCCAGCAGAUCGGUGCCACCUACUUCCCCGUCGACGCCCUUAUCCAGAAGACCGCUGUCGUCAAUAAAGAUGGGAAAUUCGACUUCAAGGUUCCCGGUCUGCUUGUCAUCGAUACCCCUGGGCACGAGUCUUUCUCCAAUUUGCGCUCCAGAGGAUCCUCGCUCUGUAACAUCGCUAUCCUGGUUGUUGACAUUAUGCACGGCUUGGAACCCCAGACUCUAGAGUCUAUGAAGCUUCUCCGUGACAGGAAGACGCCUUUUAUCGUUGCUCUGAAUAAGAUAGACAGACUGUUCGGCUGGAAAAAGAUUGACAACAACGGCUUUCAGGACAGUUUGGCCAAACAAAGCAAGACUGUUCAAGGCGAAUUCAAGGACCGCGUCAACCAGACGAAGCUUGCGUUUGCAGAGCAGGGAUUCAACUCCGAGCUAUACUGGGAAAAUAAGUCUAUGGCUCGUAACGUUUCUCUGGUUCCUACCUCAGCUCACACUGGAGAGGGUGUGCCCGACAUGUUGAAACUGCUCGUCACUCUCACCCAGGAGCGUAUGACCAAUGCGCUCAUGUACCUUUCUGAGGUGGAGUGUACCGUGUUGGAAGUGAAGGUUAUCGAAGGUCUCGGUACUACCAUCGACGUUGUCUUGUCAAACGGUGUACUUCGCGAAGGUGACCGCAUUGUUCUGUGCGGUCUAAACGGUGCAAUUGUUACGAACAUUCGUGCUCUCUUAACUCCAGCCCCAAUGAAGGAGCUACGAUUAAAAUCGGCAUAUGUGCAUAACAAGGAGGUCAAGGCUGCAUUGGGUGUCAAGAUUGCGGCUAACGACCUCGAGCAUGCCAUUGCUGGCUCCCGACUCCUUGUUGUUAACCAUGAUGAUGACGAGGACGAUCUUACUGACGAAGUUAUGUCCGAUCUAGAGAACCUUCUUAGCAGAGUCUCCAGGGAUAACCGUGGUGUUGCUGUCCAAGCUUCGACACUGGAAGGUGCCCUACGGCUACUAACCCCAAUUGCGGCUGUUAAAACCAACCCUGUUACUGGAUUGAAGGAAGUCAUUAGUCUUGGUAGAGUAAUGUCCAUUGAACGCGACCACAAACAGCUCCCUAUCUGCAAGAAGGGACAGCCUUCCGUUGCCAUUAAGAUCGAAGGACCCAACCAACCACUCUACGGCCGCCAGCUUGAAGAAAAGGACGUUCUUUACUCGAUGAUUUCACGAAAGAGCAUUGACACACUUAAAGAAUUUUACCGAUCAGAUGUAUCGAUGGAAGAAUGGGGCCUGAUCAAAAAGUUGAAACCACUGUUCGAUAUCCCCUGA